GCGCUGACAGCGGGGCGCGGCCCGCGGCCUCCGCCCGCCCGGCCACCGCCGCUCCCGAACCGGGGGACGCUGUGGGCGCACCUGUCCCGGCGGGACGCGGCCGGCUCCGGGACAGGGCAGGGCAGGUAGCCCGGCGGUACCGGGGCUGCUCCGCCGCAGCCGCGUGGCCGGCCGGCUCCUGCGUGCCCCGAGGGCUUCGGGAAGGGAUGCGCGCCCCGCUUCGCGCUGGGCCGUGCGGGCGGAGCUGAGUGCGGCGGCCGGGGGUGCUGGGGAAGGGCUUGGAACGAGCCUUUAUCUGCUCCGGCAGGGCAGGGCAGAUCGCGCUUGCCCCGGUGCCGCCGUGUGCCCGGGCUGGGCUGGGCUGGGCUGGGCUGUUCGAUGCCAGCGCGAUGCUAACAAUCCCGAUCAGGAGCACCGCGACAAAUUUAAGGCGACCUCUGCUCCCAGCGAGUGUCAUAAAACGUUGGCACGAGAUGAGGCAGCCUUUGGGAAGGUCCCUUGCCUCCCUGCUGGGAGUGAGGAUAGGUAAGGAUAGGAAGGUUGGAUUUGUUCUCCAGCAGCUGGCACAGCGCUGUCUCAGGAAGAACAGUGCAAGGUGGUGACCUAAAACGCUCAGGGGGUGCCAGGAAUCCAGAAUGCUUAAACUGGAUUUAUCGUUCAUCCUGCAACGAGCCUAAAACGCCUCUCCACAGAACUUUAUGUCUGAGGACUCUGUUUGUGGGUGAAGGAUGCAGACUAUAAAGUGCGUGGUGGUCGGAGAUGGCGCGGUGGGAAAAACUUGUCUGCUCAUCAGCUACACCACCAACGCCUUCCCCGAGGAGUACAUCCCCACUGUGUUUGACAACUACAGUGCCCAGAUGACCGUGGACGGCCGGACAGUCAGCCUGAACCUCUGGGACACUGCGGGCCAGGAGGAGUACGACCGCCUGCGCACGCUCUCCUACCCCCAGACCAACGUCUUCAUCAUCUGCUUCUCCAUCGGCAGCCCCUCGUCCUACGCCAACGUCAGGCACAAAUGGCACCCUGAGGUUUCUCACCACUGCCCCAACGUCCCCAUCCUCCUGGUGGGCACCAAGAGAGACUUGAGGAGUGACCUGGAAACGGUUAAAAAGUUGAAAGAGCAGAGCUUGGCUCCCACCACCCCGCAGCAGGGGACUUCUCUGGCCAAACAAAUUGGAGCAGUCAAAUAUUUGGAGUGCUCGGCGUUGAAUCAGGAGGGUGUUCGGGAGGUGUUUGCUGAAGCUGUCCGUGCAGUUCUGUAUCCUGUGACAAAGAAGAACACAAGGAAAUGUGUCCUAUUGUAGUUGCCUUGGGUGAUGGAUGUUGGGAGUUGACUAGAAUCUUGGAGGGCUUUUUAACGAGUUAAAUUGAAGAUUUGCAUCUUGCACUAACAGCUCUAAGCAGAAAUGGUUUAUACAAUGAAUAUUCUUGCAGUCUUACUGCUUCAGGGAAACUGAAACGGAACAGGUUUUUUUUUUUCCAACUGAGAGGUCAAAUACCUAGUCUAUUUCUAAAGUUCCAGUCUCCAGCUUCUCCAGGGAUCACUUGAUUAUUUUAGUGGAGGAAAAUAAAAGAGGAGACCUCUUUGAAGCCACUUCUUUACUAGAUAGCCAUCAGUUACUAGAUUUGCAGAAAAGCACAAAUCCUGAUAACUUUGCUUUAAGUGUAGCUGCUGCUUUUCCCAUCCUUUAUUCACUGAUUGAAUUUGUUAUACAAACAGAAGUCUGGCUGUCCAGUUGUUUUGUCAAUUUAAAGCUUGAAAACAAUUUGUUUACUUGCGAAAAUGCCUGAACUGAGAUUCACCUUGUAGUGAACUGUGAUUGAUUGUAUGAAGAGUUAGCAUUAGGCAUGGUUAAUGCAAUGAACAAGACCAAGGGAAUACCUGCAAUGAUUUAUUAAUAGAAGCAGGAGCUGAUUUCUCCUUAUGUAAGGAACUUAGAAUAAUGAUGACUCACUCAAAUGAGUGAUUUUCAUAGUUUUGAGGUGGAGAAGUGGAAGAGUAGUUUAGAUUCAAGUCUUCCGUAAUCUUCUAAACUGAAAUUUUAUUUCGCUGUCCAAAGAGACUUUGCACCCUGAGAAUAAAGUUCUAACAAUUACCUUCUCAGGCUGACUGAGGUAUUUGGGAUGACACUUCUCAAAAUGAGAUUUUCAGUGUAAUCCCUUUGAUGAAUUCCAGAGACUUGACAGCAGCCUGUUUGCUUUUGAGGAAUGAAUUGCUUCAAUUCCUAACAUUCUCGGGGCCACCAUCUCAGAUUUUUAUGGCAAAUUCCUUAGUUGUUUUUCUGUGAGAAGGCUGACAGAAAAUUUAGAGGUUCUGUUUACAGGAACCCCUGCUUCUUCCUGUUUUCAGUUCAGUCUGUAAUGGUUAGCCAGUCACUGGAUAGGAUUACCUGGGUGGUUUUUUCCUCUCCUGGAUGCUCAGUUCUUAUGAACUCUUUUUAACUGAACUUCUAUUUACAUACUUUUUAACCUUCUUUAGCAGCUCUAGUAAGUGGCAGCUGGCUUUUAUUUUCAGGAUGUGCACUGUUCUUUAUGUGUGGUUCCGGGACCAGCUGAGGAGUGAGCGCAGAGCCCUUCCUUAGACUCAACCUUCCAGCUCCGUGGUAUGAAAGCAGCAUGCUUCAAAGAUACUUUGUGUGAAACCACUGGUGCUGGACUGGGCUUUGUUGUCUGAAGUUGACAGUGCUGUCUUUGUCUGGCUGCAGCCUCAAUUGGUCAUUCAGAACUUGCUUUUUCCUUGUGAUUCCCACACAUGCGAAACUGCACUGGUGUAUACCCUGGUCAGGAAAAAAAAAAAAGUGCCUCAUUUUAGCAGGAUAACAGAAAAUACAGCAACAAGGUUAUUAGGGAUCUUGUGUUAAUUUGACCUUGCUUUAUCUGAUGCUGGCAAAAAUACCAAGUGGAUAGAAAUGUUGGUAUUUGUGCUCUAUUCCACUAUUUGAAGAGGAUGUGCCUUUCUUCAGCUGGUGUAACUGAUGCUGAUGCUAACUGCAGUUUUUUUAAUCUGACACAUGCUCAUUUUGGUGCUGCUGUAGCCAAUUGCAACCCACAGAUUACAAACUGCAGUUAAUCCAAAUACUGGUGCCUGUGGUCAGUGAACCAACACAGAGUUCCAAACUGAGCACAGAAGUACCAAAACACCCUUUCUGCAGGAUGUUUGCAAAAGCCUACACACUCUGCACAUUUUUCUUCACCAAGUGCCAUUGCCUGGAGUGCUUUGUGUCCCUUGCACUUGCAGAGGAAGUGCUGUUCCAGAUGUGGUUCCUGCCCUGAAGGCUGUGAGGGUGUAGAGAAUUCACUGAGAUAACCUCUACUCACCACCUUCUGCCUUUGCUUUAGCUGUAGGCCUGUAGUGUGGGCUGGGCUUGCAGGCAGCAAUUAACUCUGUGCCUUGUAAUUCAAGAUUAUUUUCUGUAGGUAAAUUUCAGUAACUGAGUAAAUAGACUUUAUCAUGUUUAAAAUGUAUUUAUUUAAGCCAGUGCACGUGGUUUGUUUUAAUGCUGGUCAGACCUAAAUCAACUGUCUAGUGACCCCGGUGCAAGCCCAUAACCUUUGCUUUAUUCAGAAAUGUACUUUUAAAAGUCUGUGAUACGUUUGAACUAGUCUUAAGAGGUGCCUGAAAUUAAAAGUCUACCUUUUUUUUUUUUUUGCUACAUAUAUUUGCAGUUUUGUACUGAAGCUACUACUGUUUUUAAAAAUUUUUACUUUUUUUACAUACUGAAAUCUUUUAAUCCUGUGCCUUUUUGUGGUUAUUCCUAACUGAAUUACAUGCAUUUUGUGGAGAUGAAAUCUUGUGAGCAAGUAUUAUUGCACAACCCCUCCAUUUCUGUAGGCUCAAGCAGCCAUCCUGGAGUGAACUGGAAGAGAGUGUAGCGAGAUAAAAUUCAACUGCUUAAUCAAUUUAUUUGAUUUGGUUACACUGUUGAUUACAUUAUACCAGAACACCUUAUCCCCACUUAGAUUACUUAGCAAAUGGAUUGCACAACAGUGCUGAGGAGAAUAACAUGAUAGUGAUAAAAAUGAGCAGAGGGAACUUUGAACCAUCAAAGACUUUUUACUCACUUUGGAGAACCUGGUUAUUUAAAUGCUUUGUAUUUCUGUCACCCUCUGAUGGGAAUAAAAGUCCUGGCUAGCAGCUGGUUUCCUCCAGCCUCUGCUUUCCAUGAGGGUGAGGUUCAGGACAAAUCCAGAGAGCUUUUCCUUUCAGUGGGCAUUCUCCCUUCUUGAUCCUCCUUCCUUUUUUUCCCCACCUGGAAUUCUUGGUCCUUUUUUGUAAGUAAUCCAGUGCUUCAGUUUACAAUCAGUUCUGUUUGUUCCAUGCUUUAUUUUUCUUCUGUGGGCAGUUGAAAAAUACAGACUUCACAUAAUCCCAUGGCUGGAUUUUGUCUUGUUUUGGGAGGUCAGAAAACUCAGUGUCGGUUUCCUGAUCGGUUCAAGGUCCUUUGGUUUGUUUCUGAAUAGAGAUGCAAUGUGUAUGUCUUAAUUCACAGAAGAGACUCACUGUGAAGACACAGAUUUUAACCUUUGCUUUGUAAAUGAUUUCUGAACUACUUGGGGUUUUUUUUUUAAAUACAGCUGAAGCUGAGCAGUUCAGGAAUUGUGUGUCCAAAGGAUAUCCAUGAGCUGUGCUUAGAUUUGGAAGUGCUUUCUUCAGUUUACAGCUGUAGCUAUUUCUAUGAAAUUUAAAGCAGAAGAACCUCCCUGUGCUUUGUCUCCGGGUGCUAAACCUCACUCUGUAGAACCCUUGGUGCUGCUUGGGCUGACCCAAGAAGUGGAUGGAGCUCAGAGGGGUCCCAACCCCAGAGUGGGCAGCAAGGACCACCCAUCAGCAUGGGAGCCCAAGACUCUGAAGCGUGGUACCGAUACAUACACUGGCAACUUGAUUUUAUGCUAUAAAAUAAUUUGUAUUACAUCUAACAGUUUUAAAGGAUUUUUUUUUUCCUCCUUGUUUUAUUUUAUAAAUUAUGCAUAAUGACAUUGUAAUAAACCUUUCCUCACCUCUCUGGCUGUCGCAUUAACUCUCCCUGCUGUUUGUACCGCCCCUGUGCUGAAGGCAGCUCUUUCCUGUGGAAAGCCAGGCCCGGUUCUUUGAGGCAAUAAAAGGAAUUUUUGGCAAG